AUGUUCGCGUUCUGCCUCGAUGAUUCCGGGAAGAAAAGCGAGAUCAAGAUUACUUCUCCAGUUCUGGUCGAAGUGAUCAAAGAGAUCGUCCCUCUCUCCUUUUUCGAAUCCACUCCGGACAGUGUCACCUUCCAAGAGCCGUAUGCACACCUCUUUCAGUACUCCAAGGACAUACACAAGGCAUUGGAAUCUCGGAUUAGCCCCCAUUCGGACCAAUUUCGAGACUUUCGGACCCUGAUAUCUUUCCUGGAAAGUCACGUAAGGUAUGGUAUCAUAUGGAAAUCCCUGGAUCGAGACAACCAGGGAGUUGUCAGCUUUGAGAAUCUCUGGGCAGUUUUCAGAGUUGGUGAACCCAUUGUCGUCCAAGACCGGCUAGAGGAGAAACGCCUCUUCAAAUUUACACGUCUUGAAGACAGUAUUGGAGACAUGGGACACCAAAAAGACUUUUGUGUAGCAGUGGAGGUGCAUUUCUGGCAUAUUGUCUGGAGCCCAGGGAAAAAGCGAUUUUGUCAGAAAAGCCAAUACUCCAAGAUUCCGAGGUUUGCUGGUCACCGAAAAGUAACUUCUCUACCUAUUUAUCCCUUGCGAUAUGAGGAUCAAGCUACGACGGACCCUUUACUUAUGAAACUGCAAGCCCGUGGAAGGAAAUGGGCGGAUCUCAUCUCGAAACCACCGACUUGUUUUGAGUAUUCUGGCCACGCUAUAUCAGAGGACGAGGAUGGAAGACUGACUCCGAAUCUCACGCAUUUGGAAGGGCGAGUCAUCUUGGACCAGAAGGACACCAUGUCCAUUUCCAGUCUUAUCGAAGAUAUUGAAUUUCACAACAGCUCGGGCGAAGUGGAUGAGAAGCUCAACGACUCUUGGAACACUUCCCAGGCCUCGAAAUUAUCCAGCCCAGAGCAUUUUCAGCUUUGUCCCCCACAGAUCAGCUGCUAUCACGUUUCGAGUGGGAAGCGCUACGUCGUGAGCGUUACUAACCUGCAACCAGCGAGAUGGUCUGAGACGGCGAUAAACCAGCUUAUUCUUGAUAAUGAUAAGAAGGAUAUGCUCACGAGUAUCGUGAGUAGUCAGAAUAACAAUCAGAUUAAGAGUGGUGACAUCAUUGAGAACAAGGGCCGUGGACUAACAAUUGUUCUUCACGGUCCCUCGGGGGUUGGAAAGACUCUGACGGCCGAAUGCAUAGCUGAGCACGCCAAAAGACCCCUUAUACCUUUAAGCGUUGGCGACCUUGUUGCAAUGGAGGAUUCGAUUGAGGAUCGAUUAACGGAGGCUUUCGCGAAUGCUAGUCGCCUGGGGGCAAUACUUCUGCUUGAUGAAGCGGACGUUGUCCUGGAAGCACGCUCUUUCGAAGAUGUGCGAAGGAAUGGAAUUGUCUCGGGUCCGCAACAACCUCAUUCAUAUGUCUUUUCUCAGCGACUGACGCUUCAGAUAGUGUUUCUGAGACAACUCGAGUACUACAGCGGGAUCCUUGUCCUCACAACCAACCGGAUAAAUUCUAUGGACCCAGCAUUUCAAUCAAGGAUACAAGUUGCAAUCGCAUACAGCGAACUCAGCACGAAACAAAGAGAAGGCAUCUGGGGGAGCUUGCUAAACAGCAACCUGAUAGAUUCUACCGAAAGCGACAAGGCCAUCAUAGAAGACCAUAUACCACAGCUCGCGCAGUAUCCACUCAAUGGUCGUCAGAUACGCAAUACCCUGAAGUUGUCCGCCAUCAUGGCUGCGGCAGAUCUCGUCAGUGAUCGAAAGGUACAGGUGAAACACAUCGAAAAGGCGUUAAGAGAUGCCCUGCAGUUUCAGGAAUGUUUGGAGGCGGGCAAGAAGGACAUGAAAAACAGGAACAGGGUCUGGAAACCGUUUGCUCCAUCGCAGAGUCAGAAUUAUGUAUGA